AUGUUCCCACCUGCCCUGCUACAGAGUAACGUUAACCCUUUCCCAUUCCGAGACAUCCGCAAGUUGCACGCUCACGGCCAGGAAGGUCUCACGCCGGGUCACCUCAAGAAGGCCAAGCUCAUGUUCUACUACUCGCGCUACCCCAGCUCCACCAUGCUCAAGAUCUACUUCCCCGAUGUCAAGUUCAACCGCUGCAUCACGUCGCAGCUCAUCAAGUGGUUCAGCAACUUUCGCGAGUUCUACUACAUCCAGAUGGAGAAGUUCGCACGGGCAGCCCUGGCGGACGGGGUGACCAGCGCCGAGGAGCUCACGGUCACACGCGACUCGGAGCUGUUCCGCGCCCUCAACGUGCACUACAACAAGGCCAACGACUUCCAGGUCCCAGGACGCUUCUUGGAGGUGGCGGAGCUGACGCUGCGCGAGUUCUUCUGUGCCGUCGCGGCUGCCAAGGACGUCGACCCCUCGUGGAAGAAGGCCAUCUACAAGGUCAUCUGCAAGCUGGACAGCGAGGUGCCCGAGUCCUUCCGCUCUCCCAGCUGCCUGUGGGAGAUUACGCACCUCUAGACGCCGCUGACGACACGUCCGAUGGGGCAGCGGCGCAACGCCCCCGCGCUCCUUCUCCACCCAUCCUGGGGGACCUUAUUCCAUAACCCGGCUGAAGAGUCACAAGUAUUUCUCAUCGGUGGCUUUCGACGAUCUUCCUUUGAAAGCCAUGGCGAGCGCAUCCUUGAAGCGUCGCGACCGCGUCACUACUGAGUCGUGAAGCUAAUUUGUGCCUUGUGUCCGGGUGGGGAAAAUGAGGGGCCCAGUAAGUUCCCGCGCUUAAACGCUGCAACAAUUCCACAUCACCUCCCUCGGGUGUUUUUGCGCCUCUCCUCUGCCAGACUGUUAAGUAAUUCUCGGUUGCCGUGCAAGCAUCACACUUUCAUGUUCAUAACAUCGGCUCCAUGCCAGGACCGCUGUCCAUGAAUAUGCUGCACAUCGACGAACAGGUCACGCUUGAAGCUGGUGCAUGCCAAGGCAACGUCACUACAAACUACUUCUGUAUAAGGGAGUCACAACAUUUAUUGUCCGUAAACACUGUCAAUACAUUAUCUCUGCUGCACUGAGUGCUGUUUAUGUUUUUGUUUUAACGACCCAUGCAAGUCACAGUUGCAGAAAAAGUGAACUAUUUCAACGUUCGUGCUCGAUGUUAUGAAAGGCUUAAAAUAUAAUGUUCACUUUUUCGUUCUUUCGGUAAAGUCAAAGCUUUGAAUCUAAUAUAAUGCUCACUUAACGUGCUCAAUACAAGUCUUACAUUAAUUAAACAAAUACCCGUUUUACUCAAAUGUAAGACUGGUUGCUUGACCUGAUGGGCUAUUGGGGCGCGGCCAUUUUGUCUUUCUGCAACUUCAUUUCAAUGGACACCGAGUAAAUACUACAUGCCAUGGACUCCCUUAUCAUCAAUUUGGUAAACAUGAGCUAUAUAUAUUUUACAAUAAUUAAUAUACAUAAUUUCAUAAUUAGCAUGUGACUGUUAUGGGUCUAGUAAAGUCAUGAGAUGUUCCUCACUGGGUUGAUAUGUUUGCCGUCUGUAUGUGCAUUGUAGUAGCUAGUGCACCUGUAAUUUAAACAUUAUAUAUCACUGUGCAACUCGUUUAUUAAAGCUAUGGUUUACUUUCUGCAUGUAUGGUAGUUAUAGCACAACUUUCCAACUGCUUCAAACCCAUAUCUCUCGUUAAAUCACACGUUUGUACUUGGACUUAAACAUUUGCCCCACACUUCCUGAGUGCAGAUUCAAUGUAACUUCACUGUGCUGCAUGGUGAUUUUUUCUACGAUCUUUCCCAUGCCCCCCCCACGACUUUAAAAAUUAAUCUGGCCGUGGAACAAAGUGUGACCCAAUUUAAAUAAAUUGAUUGAGAGGGGGAGGGGGCACGACAGCCAAUGAUACACAGACUCUAAACUCGCUGAACGCAAAGCAGAACGGAAUAACGUCACGAUGUGAUUGUUUUCAUCACGGAUGCUGCUCGAUCUAUCUGCCACUGUGUUGAAGAGGAAAGGCUGCAGUGCCGUUCACUUUAAUUGUACUCGAGUCUGCAUAUUGUCCACCCCCUACCAAUAAACAUAUUUUACUUGACUAUCAGGAUUUAUACAUGGGGGGAUAUGAGGGUGGGGGGGUCAGCCCCCCACAUCUCACCCCAACAUUACAGGACUGCACUAGCGACAGACCAUGGUGCAUGAAGACGCACGUCUGAUUAUAACUGAGGAAGAAAAUAGCAAAACAAUACUCUCUGUACUGGGUGGGUGUGACAACUAAAUAUACAAACUUAAUUAUGUCAUUAUUCACGCAAAUAUCUUCAUAGAAGUGAAUGCUCAAACUGACAACAAAACCAAUUCAGGUAAAAAUGUGAUCUACCGUUUUUUGAAUAAGUGAGCGUUCAACUGUAUUCAGCAGAGCAUGGCAAUGCCGUUUAAUUGAACCUUCGGAAAGCUGCUGGGCCACGUGUUCAAAAUGAGCAGGGUCACGGUUUCUCUCGCUGCCUCUCUUGAAGAUGAAACACUUUCCCUGGCGUGCAGUAUGAACAUUUCUCAUUCCUGCUCUGGGUACGCGUUGGGGUGAUGCCACACCCAAACACAUUGCCUUUAAAUGUCUUUAUGUUCUUGGUUCUUUCGGUAAAGUCACGUAGACUGAGAAUAAAACAAUAACACAAAAUAAGAACAAUAAAAUUCUCACGACGUUUCGGCCACAACACAAGUAGCCUUCUUCUUGCAGUCACGAAAACUUUCAAUCGUGUCUUUAUGUUAUUUAAAAAAUAUGUAUUAUUGAACAAAUAAAAUACAAAUUACUAAUUUAAGUCAUUUUCUUAAUCUGUUGACCAUUUCAAAUUUGAUUUUAAAAAUACUUGGAACGUGGGGCGUUAAAUUUGCCCGCCCCAAUCAGAUGCACAUUUUGGCAUUCACUGGCCGACUCUGAACCACUCCCAAGGCUUGAAAAGCAUGAAGUGAGAGAGCAAUAACAAGAGGCUGGGAUGCUCCUGAACUUGCCCCCAACCCACCUGGCCACCACCCAACCAAACUUUUAUGACUCACCAGUCGCUCCUGGUUAAAUACAUUUCUCUAUAACCAAGCUAAUCCAAUUCACGUCUAAUUGACGAAUGAUGCAAAUGUUAUGAAUUAAUCACGACUUGUUCAACAAUGCCCUGUGCACCUGCUAUCUAAGGACGUUUAAUAUAUACACCCAUGUUCACCUGUAUGUUUUAUUGAAAGGGGUUCAUGAUGUGUGUGUGUGUGUGCUAAUAUUGUAUAUUUUACAUACACCACUAAAUAUAUGAUAGUGUACAUUACUGAAGUGUUUGUGGUCGGGAGACUGGAUUCAGAGAAGGUAAAACGGCAAUCUAAAUAUUGUUUAUGGAUAGUGGGGACACUUCCACCAGUGUCCCCACUGCCACCAGUGGGACACUGCCUCCAGUGGGACACUGCCUCCACUGGGACACUGCCGCCAGUGGGAUACUGGCGGCAGUGUCCCACUGCCUCCAGUGGGACACUGCCAUCACUGGGAUACUGGCGGCAGUGGGACACGGCGCCCCAAUCUUGAAGCUGUCCUUGUUUCGUUGCUCCACGUAUUGAUUUGGGUCCCUCGUACAGGGUGAUCCAAAUGUCAUGUGACCCCACAAUUAAUUGACCUCGAACUUGUCUUUUUUUAUUCGCGCAUUAAUUUUAGUUUUGAGUAAACGUCACUUUAAAAAGAGGUGAGUUUAAGAGAAUCAAAUGGGGGUCACUAGACAUCUUGACCAACGUCUGCAUGGACAGCGACCAAGAGGUGUAUCGAACAAUCCAUCGAUUCAGUCCCACAUGCUCCAUGGGUUUGUUUUGCUAUUACAUCAUGAUAUGAAAUACAAUUGAUCUGUGGUCAAGUCCUACUUCUGUCGGUGCAAUAUUCAUUAAAUUGUCUAAAAAAAGAAUCAAUAUUUUAUGCCGCACAGAACAUAAUUUUACACUGAAAUGUUGGAAGAGUAACUUAUCUUUUUUCCUGUUAAAAUGUAUCGCAAACAUAAAAAAAGUUGUGAUUAUAAAA